AUGCGCACCAGGUCCAAUAUCACCACCAAAAACGGAAUCCAUUGGUACUACGAGCAAGAGGGUUCUGGUCCUCACGUGGUGCUGAUACCAGAUGGCUUAGGAGAGUGCAAGAUGUUCGACAAGCCUAUGUCUCUUAUAGCGAACAGUGGCUUCACCGUCACAACCUUCGAUAUGCCAGGGAUGUCGAGGUCGUCUGAAGCACCACCGGAGACAUACCAAGAGAUCACCGCCCAGAAGCUGGCCAGCUAUGUCAUUAGCAUCUGCGACGAAUUAGCAAUCGACAAGGCUACAUUCUGGGGAUGCAGCUCAGGCGGCUGUACUGUGCUUGCUCUGGUUGCUGACUAUCCUACAAGGGUGCGGAAUGCGCUGGCCCAUGAAGUUCCGACUUAUCUCAUGGAAGACUUGAAGCCCCUGCUUGAAAUGGAUGAUGAGGCCGUCUCCGCUGCAAUGUCAAGCAAUGUGGUUGUGGGAAGUGUGGGUGACAUCGAGGGUUCGUGGCAAGAACUCGGUGAGGAGGCUCAUGCAAGGCUUUGGAAGAAUUAUCCCCGGUGGGCUCGCGGUUACCCUGGAUAUAUACCACAAUCCACCCCAGUAAGCAAAGAAGACUUGAUAAAGGCACCGCUGGACUGGACAGUCGGCGCAUCGACACCCACGGCUCGAUUCCUGGACAAUAUCGUGACGGCGACCAAACACAACAUCCCCUUUCAAACCCUCCCGGGAAUGCAUUUCCCGUAUGUUACCCACCCGGAAGUUUUCGCGGAGUAUGUGGUGGAAAAGACUCGAAAGUACUUGUAA